CCAAGUAGUCGGACAGCGCAUUCUUUGUUGCCACUUCCAAUAUUUAUCUUCUCCUGUACCAAUAAACCACAUCUCGCCAGCUGGAUGAUUCAGUGUCUUCACACAGACCAGAGGGCAACAUACUUGCUCACCGCCAGGUUCAUCUCCCGUGCCCUGUCAGAUAUCCACCGCCGAGCCUUCAGAAUCUUGGAGUGUGUGCUUUCCGGAUGUAACGGUCAUGCACUAUUGUAG